CAGGACCUUUCGGAACGUGUGAAGAACACAGUGCAUCCUUCACCACAUCCAGUCGUCGGGGCUGCGACAACAGAUCCAUUUCCGACUCACUGCAGGAUGCAGAAUCUUCUGACUGUGAAUUAGCGGGAGGCGGACAGUGGGACGAAAGAAUGUCGCCUGCUUCUGGAUCCCCUCGGGCCUUUGCUUGCCCGUCGCAGAAGAGGGUACCUGGUUCAUCAGUGGGAGCAGUGGCCUACAGGCGGGGGGACAGGGCAACACACGGCAAGUCGGUGAACCACUUAUGUUGGGAUCACAAGGCUACACUGUGCUGCCAUCUGACAGACUCUCUGACGCUAAGAGAUGAAAGCGCAUGUUAACACCUCGGACAAACUCCUUGUGACUCGAUGUCGUGUCUCUUUACGUCACGUCCGGCACCUUGCGAACGUCGAGCAAGUUCUUCCGCACACCGCCAGGCAACAGCUCGUUUCCAUAGCACUGUGAGCGCAAUGAAAGGCGCCUGCCCUCAGUACAUACAAAGCCGGAGAAGAAACCUGCGUAAACAUUACUCAAAACCAGAGAAGAAACCCAUGUAAACAUUAUUCAACAAGUGGAGUACUUCUAACCACGUGUUUGUGCUUAUUGUCUUCGCUCAGCUAUUUACGUCCCUUCCCAACCCUAUUCCCCUCUCCACCCUAGUGGGAAGGAGAGAAGGAACAGCCCGACCCUUUGCAAGAAGUCAAAACCAAAACACCUUGUGCCAGGCAUCCCUGACCUAUACACACCCAGCCAUGUCGAAACUGACCGAAGAGCAGGUGACCGAAUACCUCAGAAACCACCCUGAGUUCCUGCUGAACUGGCUGGGCGAGAACAGUAGCACGGAGCUCGUCGACGUCUUCGGGCGGCUGGCGCGCGACCGGGGCGUGGAUUCCUCAGUCCCCGACACGAGUGUCGGGACGUGCCGCUCGGACACCCGUUCCUCCCUGCCGAACUUCACCCAAGUGUCCCGCAACUCCAUUACGUCUUCCAUCUUCCGCCGCUAUGUGGAUGGAGACCGCACUCGCAAAACCUCCUUGCGCAAGGACCGCAACAGCCUGCGCACCAUGUCGGAGGAUGAGCUCUUCAUGGAGCUCAUCCGCGACAUCGCCAGCGAACUGGACGUCAACCUGCUAUGCCACAAGAUCCUGCAGAACGUCAGCCUCCUGACCAACAGCGACCGAAGCUCCCUCUUCCUGGUGCGUGGUUCGCGCGAGGGCAAGUACCUCGUGUCAAAGCUCUUCGACGUCACCGUGACGUCCACGCUGGAGGACUCGCAGAACAACGAGAUUAAGGUGCCCUUCGGCAAGGGCAUCGUGGGCAUCGUCGCGCAGACUGGCGUAGCCAUCAACAUCAAGGACGCGUAUGCUGACCCGCGAUUCAAUCAGGAGAUCGACCGGCAGACCGGCUACAAGACCCACAGCAUCCUGUCCAUGCCCAUCGUCAACUACGAGGGCGAGGUCAUCGGUGUCGCGCAGAUCAUCAACAAGAUCGACGGCGACCACGAGUUCACCAAGCAGGAUGAGGAGGUGUUCCGAAAAUAUCUUAUCUUCUGUGGGAUCGGCAUCACAAAUGCACAGCUCUUUGAGAUGUCCGUCAAUGAGUUUAAAAGAAAUAAGCUUCUGUUGCACCUGGCAAGAGGGAUCUUUGAAGAGCAAACCAACUUGGAGAAGCUCGUGCAGAAGAUCAUGCUAGACGCGCAAGACCUACUCAAGUGUGAGAGAUGCUCGGUCUACCUUUUGGAGGACACUCUUGAACAUGACAUUGCGCGGUUCACGCACGCUUUCAUGUCCAGGCUCGGCACAUACUCGCGCAGCUCACUGGUCAUGGCCAUGCAGUCAACACAAGUGAAGCUACACAAUAUAAGGAAGAACAUUUACCAAGUCCUCGAUCCGGCCAACCAGCAUGACAUGACCGCCAACUUAAGUCUCGGACUGCUGCCGGAAGCCAAGCAAAGGAUAAGAGAGGAAGUGGUCUUCUCGAAAGGUUUUGACAUGUGGUCUAAGGAUGGCAAUGUAACAGCUAUCAGUGGUCCAGAACUCUCAACGUCCAGGACUGCCUUCAUUGCCAAGUUUGCUGUGAUAACAGACGAAACUGUCAACGUGCCUGAUGUCGAAGCCGAUGGAAGAUUUGGCAAAGGUCCCUUCGUCGAUCUCAAGGGCUGCACGAUCCGCAGCGUCCUCUGUAUGCCUAUCCACAACAGCGACAAGCAGAUCAUCGGCGUCACGCAGCUCGUCAACAAAACCAACGGCGAGCCUUUCAACGACAACGAUGUGAACAUUAUCGAGGCUUUCUCCAUCUUCACGGGGCUUGGUAUCCACAACUGCCAGAUGUACGAGAACGCCUGUCAGCUGAUGGCCAAGCAGAGCGUGGCGCUGGAGGUCCUGUCCUACCACGCUACGGCGCAGACGGAGGAGUCCAACGAACUGGCGCGUUCUGACAUCCCGAGCGCUGCUGAGCUCCAGCUAUACUCCUUCGACUUCGACGACAUGCAGAUGGGUGAUGACGUUACGCUCAAGGCAUGCAUUCGCAUGUUCAUGGAAGCCGACCUCAUCAAUCGCUUCAAAGUACCGUAUGAGGUUGCGUGCCGCUGGGUGUGUACUGUCAAGAAGAACUACCGGCCAGUGACGUACCACAACUGGCGACACGCCUUCAACGUAUGCCAGACCAUGUUCAACAUUAUUUUUACCGGAGGCUUCAGGACGAUGUUUGAUGACCUGGAAGUCUUUUCACUGAUGGCCGCCUGCUUGUGCCACGACCUCGACCACAGAGGCACCAACAACGCAUUCCAAGCGAAGGUAGCUUCACCCCUGGCCAUGCUGUACAGUACCUCAGUGCUGGAGCAUCAUCAUUUUGAUCACUGCAUCAUGAUUCUAAACAGCGAGGGCAACAACAUUUUUCAGUCGCUGUCGCCAGAGGAGUACAGGCGUGCCAUCAGAAUGCUAGAGCACGCGAUCCUGUCCACAGACCUGGCUAUAUACUUCAAGACACGAGGAGACUUCAAGAAACUUGUGGAGAAUGGAGAACGCACCUUUCGUGAAAAAAAAGAACGAGAACUGCUCAGGGCCAUGAUGAUGACAGCCUGUGAUGUGGCGGCUAUCACCAAACCCUGGAUAAUUCAGCAAAAGGUCGCGCAGCUGGUUACCAACGAAUUCUUUGAGCAGGGAGACAUCGAGAGGACACAGCUGGGGGAGCAGCCCAUCCCCAUGAUGGACAGAAACAAAAAGGACGAGCUACCCAAGAUGCAGGUCGGUUUCAUCGAUGCUGUUUGUAUCCCCGUCUACAAGCUGUUUGCCGAGAUGAACGAGAGGCUGGCCCCCCUGUACCUGGGCUGCGAGAACAAUAGAGAGAAGUGGCAGGAGCUGGCGGACGAGAAGACGACGUCCCUCGCUACAGAAACAGAACAAACCAAUCAGGAACAGCCCGCCAGCGACCGCAGCUCAGAGCAAACCAACAACAAAAGCAACAACAUCGAUAACAACAACACCAACGGCCGUGACAAGAGCGUCAACGAGAGGCAAGCUAGCCAUCAGACGACAGUAACGAAUCUCGCCGCUGACAGCAUUCAUCCCCUCGGCAAGCCUGACCUUGACUCUCCCCUUUUACCGUCCACCUCCACUUUGAAUCACACCACCCCCAGCUCUCUGUCUGCACCAACUGCUGCCCACCCCGGCCAGAUGCCCUCGCAGGACGAGCGCAGUGCUGCUAGAGACACCGCCCACAUCGUUAAGCCGCUGGGAGCGGACAAGGAACCUCAAAACCUUCCCGACAGGCAUGGCUCAAGUCAACCUGGCAAACGGCAGCAGCAAAACGGAAGUGGUCUGCCCUCAAAGCCGAAGGUUCUCGACAGGAGAAGAAAGCCACCAUUCCCAUGAACAGCGGCGAGGAACACGCAAAACGGGGCAAGCGGAAGACGCAUGCGCAGGCUCAUGCAUCGUUGUCAACUGACAAAGGAAGCACCAAGAGUGGGCUGUGCCUCGUCAGCUGACCGGACCAGUGACCACAGUGUGCAUUUUUCCCAAGGCAGUCUGUAAAAUUGUAGAGAAGAGAAGUCUCUCCAACGCCUAAGACAUUCUGCAGCUCUGCGCUUUUGAAGCGUGCAGUGGUGCGGUACACAUGCCCCAUCCCCUCGUCCAACGAUCAACGAUGCGAGUCCUGUGUCUGCCUGUUCGGGAAGGGACCGGCCAGAUCACAGCGUCUUCUAGCGGCCAGACUAAGAAAAGCAGUGUGCCUUUUAGUGGAGGGCAGAAAUCCCUGUGUGGAAUGUUUGACUGUUAUUAGAAAACUAGAGGCAGAUAGGGGCUGAUAACUUUCGGCUAGACACAGGUUGCUGCAGUUGUCUGUCCAACCAGAACGUGAGACCAGGAACAAGGAGACAGAAGCUCGCCAUUGUGAUGGAUCCUUGUGAGGGCGCUGCCUGAAAACGGGUGCUAGAUGUAGGUGUCACAGACUGCUAAUAAUAGACAGCACAACUCGCUAAUAAUAGGUGCUGGAUCCAGACUAUAUCACAGCUUGCUAAAAUCAUCUGUUUUAAAAUAAAUGCCACAGCUCCCUGGGGAUGGGUGUUGGAUGUAGAGGUCAUGGCUGGUUCAAACAGACGCUGCAGCUAGACGUCACAGCUCACUUGAUAUGGUCUCCGAGAGCCGCACGCCGGAGUGCUUCGUCUCACUGCACGUGACAGAGUCUAGGGUGGUCGGGUGGGAUUGCAAAAGCGUCAUCUCCUUUUCUUUUCAUCAAAACUACCUGUAAAUUGACAAAAGUCGUGUUCCUUGGGUGCAUUCAUAUAUGAGAAAUAAGGUGGAACGCGCGUGUCACUUACCUCUGAUAAGAAAGACCUUUCAGCAAGUAUCUGUAACCCGUGCCACCCCACCAACACCAGCACUAUCACCCAUUCCGUGUACCAGUGAAUGGUAAAAUCAGAGGCUGGUGGCAUCACUGCGUCCAGUUUUCUUGCACGCCAGCACUACUAGCGAUAUUUGGAAACUUUGACCGCUAGACGUAUCAUCAGUCUGGGAUGUCAAUUUUCUGAAAGUUUUUUGUAGCCACCUGCAGCAUCAUAACAUGCCACUCACCAUGAUGUUGAUGUUGAGUGCAACGGCUGAAGGGACUACAAUCCUACUUCUCAACACUGCAGAGUUUUAUAGUGCAGAUAGUGCUAUACGUCUUCUUCUCCCCCUUUACUUCUUCCUUUUCUCUUUGGAAAUGGAAAAACAAUCUUUUUCCCGUUAAUUUAUCACUUUACUCUUCGGUCUUCUAAGCAGCUUCCAUAUUAUUCCAGUGCUAGAGCCGAUACCUCUUUCAGCAGUUUGCGAGUGUGCAGUGUCACUAUGAUGACAAGAUCGUCAGUCAGCCAACCGGCGAGAUAGAUAUCAGUCGCAUGCUCUUAUCCGCUUCACGUGGGGAAGACACGCUAGGAGGGACAAAGCAGGCUUAUCUCGAACUGGAUACCUUCAUCUUUUAAUGUUAAUCUUUCAUUCUCUAUCGUUGUAAUCCUUUGUUAGUUGCCGUGCAAUUAAGGUCACAGUCGUUUCCAACAAUCGUCUGACUGGAGUUCGUCACGCUUCCGCCUUGUGAAUGACUUGUUCGCAGCUCUGCUGUCGGUCGCUACCUAAGGUUAGAGCCUGCAUGCCAAGUCACCCAGUUCAGCCAACUGCGAUACUGGCAAGAUCAUGCCAAUGGUGGUGUUAAUGCGUGAUGUAAAUGGUGCGAUUAGUUUGAUGAGCUUGGUUUGAUUGUGAAUGGUGAGAUUGGUUUCAUUUUGACUGUGGUUACAUCGGUUUAACGGUACAGAUGGUUUAAUGGUGCAAGCUGUGUUGCUAAACUUCCCAUGGAGCAAUAUCCACUAGUUGGCGUGACGGUGCUAAAUGAUAAUUGGGGUAAUUGAUGUGAUGGUACUCAUGGUGAUGUCGGUGCAAAUGCGAUGUCUACGUGUUUGUGUUCUUGACGCGGUGGUAUAUUGAAGAUGUCAUUAGUGCGGUGGUGAAAGGGUGAGACGGGUUUGAUGGUGCAAGCGAUAUUAAGGGACAUCUCCCUGUAGUGAUAUCCAGUGAACCCUCAUUUUGGCUGCUCUUGUUUCCCCCAUCCGUCCUUUGGAAGUCGUAGAAUCAGUUGCAGAAACAACCAAUCAGACCAUUCUUCGGUUUUUGAAAAAGGCAUUAAAAAGAUCCGCUCUAUGCACGGGUUUCACUCUUUGUUUGUUUGUCAUUCUGUGUUUAAUAAUUGGUCAAAAAUGCGACAACUGAGUGUCGGUACCAGACAUUUAUCUGCAGUUUUUAGCUUAUCAACAAUAUUUUUCAGGCAGGAAAGAUGGCGCUUUUGUGUACAACGUCACGUGAACAGUUCAUUUAUUGACCUUCAUUGUUUUGGUGAUGCGAUAAAAACACUUUAAAGGGACCUUUGCUAAAGCACUGAACUUUCCAAAGUAUGAUUUCAGUCUCGCCUGUGAUACUAAAAUCUGUUUAUAUCCUAGCACUUGAUGUGAUACAAAACUGGUAUGUGUUAUUCAUUGAAUUUCACUUCAUAAUCUUGCAAGAAAUAUAGUAGCCUCUCAUAUGACAUUUUUCGGUGGGGGUUUUUUUUUCUUGUUUUUGUUUUAUUGAUAGUUUAUUUCCCAUGGAAUUUUGUAUAACUGUAUAUUUUUCAUUGUCUUUUGCUUCAGUCCCUUUGUUAGACGUCAACGAUGCGGGAAUUUGAUUUUCAUCACACACAAAAAUCUUCUCUUGUCAGAAAAGACACACUCGUACCACCCUCAAACCAUCCCCCUUAUGUCCCUGCCAGUAUGUUUAAUUGCUUUUAAUAUAAAACUCUUGAAAAUUAUAAUUUUUUUAUUAUGACCCUGCCUGUCCCUUCCGUGAAAUCCUAAAGCACAUUACGAUAUAGCAAAGGACGGAAACAGAAUGCAACGUAAGCCUUGAAAAACGUAGUACAAGUAUACAAAACAUAAUACUGUAUAUAGCAUCUCGGAAGAUGGUAAAGGUUUCUGAAGCGGACAAAGGAAAAUACCCUUUCAAUUCUGAAAAGUAUUCAGGAGAAGAAGGAUUUUACUGGAAAUAAUUGUAAAUACUUAAACCCGAAAAAGUGUUACACUUAGACUUCACAAGUUAAAAGUAAAACGAACAGAACAUCAAAGCCUCGAUGUAAAUAUAAGAUAAGCUUUUAAAAGAAAUGUUGAAGUAGAACAUUCAAUGUUACUUUCAAUCAAUCAGCAGCAGGCGAAUGGUAGAGAUCCGAACAUUUAAUGAGACCUAGCCCAUGAUAUACAAUAAACUGCAGUCAUUUUCAAUUCUUAAGGAUGACAGUUUAACGCCUUCUGCCUCACACUCUACGUUGUAUUACGUGCACCUUUAGCAGACACAUCUUGUUUAUAUUUGUACAAUGCUAUUUUAUUGUGUUGUAUUUUACUGUAAUUUUAUUGUAGUUUCACUGCGCACUGUAUUGUAUUACUCAUUCGGCAAGUACUACUAGAAAAUAAAAGUAGCGACUGGAGGUUUACUUUCACUUGCGAAAUAAAUGUAUCAUUUAACCGUCUUUAAUAAAUGUGGGUUUCCAUCGAA